GGCAUUUUUUUUCCAAGUGAAGUCUCAACUAAGUCAGAAACCAAGUGCUCUGCUGUGGAUUCCCAGUUUUAAUAUUUUUAUGAUUUUGAAUGUUAUGGAUACCAACAGCACUAGUUCUGAGAGUCCAUGGCCACCCAAUUUCUGGAAUCAAAUAAUAAUAGCAUUUACAGUUUCUAUGGUCAUUGGACUUGUAAUUGGAGGCACAAUCUGGACUUUGUUUACUUGCCUGUCUAGUCGCAGAGCUAGUGCACAUAUUUCCCACUGGAGUACCUCAUCCUCUAGCCGGCGUUCCAGAGUUUCCCAUGGAAGUGCUGCUAACAGACCAGGAUUUUACCGCAACAGCAGUUGUGAACGUCGCAGCAACCUCAGUUUGGCCAGUCUUACCUUCCAAAGGCAAGCUUCCUUAGACCAGACCAACUCCUUUCCAAGAAAAUCAAGUUUCCGGGCCUCUACAUUUCAUCCUUUUCUUCAGUCCCCUCCACUUCCUGUAGAAACUGACAGUCAGCUGAUAACACUGACACCCACCAGUACUACCACAACUGUUACUGGGAGCACCACCAACAGCCUAAGUCGUCCUGAAUUUCACUGGCCCAAUAAUAGUCUUCGGGCCUGCCAUUCUACGCAAACACCACCUCCUGCCUAUGACACGAUCAUAAAGGCUUUUCUAGAUUCUUGAGUUGGAUUUUCAGAAACAUAAAAGCAUGAGGAAGAAUCUUAGUUCUAUUAUUUUCUGUAGUCUCUGAAGAUACCUGUGAAGAUUCUCUUUCCAAAAAGGACAUACUGUAGGAGACACAAAUGACAUUGAUUUGAUGGAAGGAUGCACUGAUAGUGUUCAAAGACCUUCCUUGCUUUGACUCACAAAGGGAGCACUUUGCACUGCAUCCAUAUGUAUUUAUAGUUUAUGCCUGCACUGUAAUCAUUGCCUUCAGUUUAAAUGAUGCAAACAUUUUGCUGUCUUAUGAACUGAUACCUUUGGAAAAACAAACCAAAGCACACUUAAGAAUGAUGGAACUCCUUUGAACUGUGGAAUCAAUGUUGUUAUUCUUUUUGUGACAAUUUUUUUUUCUCUGCGGGGAGUUCUGCUUUUCAAAUAGUUUCUUCCUAUCACGUGUUUGUCAGUUGGCAGCAACCAUAUGUUAUCUAUAAGAUGUUCAGGAAUUCUUCUACGGACUUGAUUUAAAAUAAUUGCAUGUUGCGAUCAUCAUUUGCCAGGUUUAGGACCUUUGAUUUACAUUCUUAGGAAUCCAAAGCACAGUUAGAUUAAGAAGUGGCUUACAGAACCAAAACCAAAUCUAUUUGUGGGUGCUAGCACAGGCUUAAGAUCAAGGUAUCCUCAGUGGGACCCAUAGCGUAAAAGAAAUGAGGCUUUCAUAUGCCUCUGAAAUUCUCAGGUCCUUUGUGUAAAAUGAGAAAGUAAAGACAAUGAGUCUUUUUGCUGUUUAUGGGGCCUCAGGAAACACAAAUUUCACUGCCCUUAGGAGCAGCUUCAAGUAUGGCAUGUGUGUGAAUAGAUUCACUAAUGACACUAAGUCACAGCCCAAUUUUUUACAUGAUACUAUUUUAAACCUAUUGUAUUCAGGAAUGACAGUACUUUUCAAUUAAGGCAGUAGCCAAGCCAAAUGUUGAUUUAGCAAGAUUAGACUACGUAGGGCUCCUUUAAAUACAAUAGACAUGCUAAUUCUGUUUAUGGAUUUCAGAUUUAUGCACUAGGAUUGUGGCACUCUCUAUAUCUGCAAAAGUUUUUUUUAGGCUAGGGAUCAUUUCAAGAUGCUACACUAGAACUUAAUAGUUGGUUAAUUUCAAUAUUUUGCUUCUUGUUUUAAAAUUGAUCAUAUAAAAUAUGUCAGUUACUUGAAAUACAAAAAUAUAACAAAGUCACAAUAAAGAAAAUAAAAAUCCUAACAAACAGUAAGGUAUGAGAAAGACAUAUCAUUAUUGCAGUGUUUAAUGAGAAGAAAUAAACUUAUCUGAACAAGA